UGAGGCAUGCCGGGAGUUGCAGUCCCGAUCUGGGGAAGUGCGCCGGGGAAGGAGGGAGGGUCGGGCUGGGCUCGCGCGGCAUCCCUGGCGUGGGAGCGAGCGAUGCAGAAAUACGAGAAGCUGGAGAAGAUCGGAGAGGGCACCUACGGGACCGUCUUCAAAGCCAAGAACCGGGAGACCCACGAGAUCGUGGCGCUGAAGCGGGUGCGGCUGGACGACGACGACGAGGGCGUCCCCAGCUCGGCGCUGCGGGAGAUCUGCCUUCUGAAGGAGCUCAAACACAAGAACAUUGUGCGCUUGCAUGAUGUCCUGCACAGCGACAAGAAGCUGACGUUGGUUUUCGAAUUCUGCGACCAAGUUACUGAAGUGGAAUCGCUCCCCGGCGACCGUCGUUAUAUGAACCGGGUGGCCGUGAGUUUUGCUCACGGGGACGCCCUGAUGGUCCUAAUGGUCCUCAUUUUUUUCAACACCCUUGGCAUGUUCAACGGUCCCUGUCGUAACUCGAGGACUUUCGUUUCCCUGCGAACGGACGCAACCCCAACCGGCCCAGCUCCCUUUUCCUGGUCCCCACUUGACCUGAAGAAGUAUUUCGACAGCUGCAACGGCGAUUUGGACUCGGAGAUUGUGAAGUCCUUCAUGUACCAGCUGCUGAAGGGCCUCGGCUUCUGCCACAGCCGCAACGUCCUGCACCGGGACCUCAAGCCCCAGAACCUCCUCAUCAACCGGAAUGGGGAGCUGAAGCUGGCAGAUUUUGGGCUGGCCAGGGCCUUUGGCAUCCCAGUGCGCUGUUAUUCGGCAGAGGUGGUGACCCUCUGGUAUCGCCCCCCCGACGUCCUCUUUGGGGCCAAACUCUACUCCACAUCCAUCGACAUGUGGUCGGCCGGCUGCAUUUUUGCUGAGCUGGCAAACGCGGGGCGGCCCCUCUUCCCGGGCAACGAUGUGGACGACCAACUGAAGCGCAUCUUCCGGCUGCUGGGGACCCCCACCGAAGAGCAGUGGCCUGGCAUGACCAAACUCCCCGAUUACAAGCCCUACCCCAUGUAUCCUGCCACCACUUCCCUGGUUAACGUGGUGCCGAAGCUGAGCACGACGGGACGGGACCUGCUACAGAACCUGUUGAAAUGCAACCCCGUGCACCGGAUUUCGGCCGAAGACGCCCUACAGCAUCCGUACUUCACCGACUUCUCCCUCCCUUGACGCUCCGUGGCGGAGGAGGGCUGCGGAGGGGUGGGGGCCACGUGGCGCAUUCCCUCCCUCCUCCCUUUCUCCCAGAGCAGCCACGGGAGGCCAAAACCUUCGGGGGGGGGAGGGGGGAGAAGCAGCCGGGAUCAAGAACUUCUCAUCCCCCUUUGAUGUGAAUAGCUGUGAAUUCUAUAAAAUGCUGCUUUAUUCCUUU